AUGCUUCGUUGGUUUUAUCGCCGACCCGUUUCAUGCACCUGUGUUUCUCGUGUAUCACGACAUGCUGUGAUUACGGGUGCAACUUCUGGCCUUGGUCGUGCCACUGCUUUUGAAUUGGCCCGGCAUAAUUGGAGAUUAACAUUGGGUUGCAGAAAUCUCAAUGCUGCCAAACAGUUAAUCGAAGAAAUUAUUGCGAAGACAGGAAACGAUAAGUUGGAAGCGAAACACCUCGAUCUAGUUGAGCCCAGUUCAAUCUUACGUUUCGCUAACUCCUUCCAGCACGAGAUCGAUGUCUUGAUCAAUAAUGCAGGAGUGAUGGCACGCGAUCCGCGCCCAGUGAACGCUUUCGGUGGUCUCAAUGUUGACACAGUUACCAAUUAUUUGGGACCGUUCUACCUAACUCAGCUGAUGAUUCCUAAACUGAAAGUGAUGGAAGAGAAAUCUCACUACCCAAGAAUUAUUUUUGUUAGCUCUUCACUUGCCAAAAAAGGAAGUGUUGAUGAACUGUUGAAUGCUGAGACUUCUCGCACAGAAUGGAAUUCCUCACAGGCGUACGCGAACUCAAAACUGGCAGUCUGUUUCUAUGCUCGCGAACUUCAUCGUUGUUUCGGUAGUGGCGAAGAAAAGAAAUUGAACGUUUAUUGUUUGUUCAUUGGUGGAAUGGUUCAUACAAAUCUUAGUCGUGAAAUUAUUUCCAAGUAUCCGACUCUGCUUCAACCAAUUCUUCGUUUGAUUUCCCGCCUACUUUUAAAGUCGCCUGCAGAAGGCUGUCAGGGUAUCCUGCAUUGUGCUAUUAGUGAUGCUGUCCCUAUGGCACACUUGAUUGGUUCGACUGCAUCGAUUACAGAUCUCUCCGGUAGUGGUUUACUCUAUAGCGGCUGUGUUCCUAUUCCUUGGCCAUCCAUCAUGCAAGAUGUAGAGAAGCAGCAUGGUUUGUGGAAAACCACGAUGCAGUUCCUCAGUUUGAAGGUCGACUGA